CUUUCGUUCUUUUCCUAUUUUCUUUAUCCUGCCCUGCGCACACGAAACAUGCUAAUUAAAGACGUACGCGAUGCGUCCUAAGCUUCUCCACUAAUAAUAUAACCCCGAGCAUGCACGCACGCUGAUCAUCCAUCUAUAAAUACGCCAAUUAGCAAACUAGAGCUACUAGCAGCAGGCCAAUGGAGAACCCUCCGAGCAUCCUAGUGACUCCCAUGGCUCCGGCCAUGUCGGCGCAGUUCACAAGAAUAACCUUCAGCAACCUGUUUGUCCGUCGGGCUGGCCCAGGCAGCACGGAGCUGACCGUGGAGGGAAGGCCAUCCGACCAGCUGGGCAGGAGAAACCUCACUGACAGCCCCGUAUUUGACGGCCGUGGCCCUGACGCCAGCCUCGUGGCUCGCGUACAGGGAGUCGCUACCCAGAUGGGCGACGUGCGCCAGUUGUACACCGUCGUGUUCCAGGAGAGGCCGCUCAAGGGCUCCACGCUCGUCACCGAAGGCGCGAUGACAGAAGGGUCAGACGAGUGGGCGAUCUACGGUGGAACUGGAGUGUUCGCGAUGGCGAGAGGCGUCAUAAGGAGAACGUUUCUUGCCGACACGAGCGGCGGGAACUCCGACGAGCUUGCCGUGGAGGUUCUCUGCCCGGUGUUCCGCCCGGCGGCGUUUGGCUCAUCGUCGUCACAGCCAGCAGCAAAGGACAUCAGCUCCACCGUCGUCGUCACCAAGGUCGGAGUGUGGGGUGGAGAGGGAGGGUCGGCGCAGGACAUCGCGACGACGGAGCCGCCGAGGCGUCUGCAGAGCCUGACCGUCCGCGCCGGCGUUGCCGUGGACUCCAUCGAGUUCACCUACAGUACCGACACAGGUGGUCAGACGCGCACCGCUGGGCGAUGGGGUGGACUUGGCGGCAACGUCCGGAAGCUCGAUCUUGGCGACGCUGAAUACGUCAAGGAAGUUUCUGGAACGUACGGCGCAUUCGAAGGUGCGACUACCCUUACCUCGUUCAGGAUUGUCACCAGCACCGCCAGAGCUUGGGGGCCAUGGGGCAUCGAGAGCGGCACACGUUUCUGCAUCACCGCGCCCAUCGGCAGCAGCAUCGUGGGAUUCUAUGGACGCGCGACGACCAGGCUCGUCGCUGCGAUCGGUGUCUACCUGCGCCAACUUUAGUCUGGUUUCAGCAGCAGGACGGGUACUACAGAUAUGCUAGAUAAAGGUCUUAUAUAUGUCAUAUGACCUAUCAUGGUCUUAUAUGUUCGAUCGUCGUCGUGUCUGUAUGUACAUACAUGGUUGUCAAAUAAAGCUCUUUGCAUUUUGAU